UGUGUUAAGCAUAGUACAAUAACAUAACCUAUAAAAGAGCAGCAAAAUGUGUGCAUUGUCAAAAUCAAAAUAAAUAAAUAUUUUAAAUAAGUUAACCAAUUAAAUGUCCACAUUAUAAUCAAUUAUGGCAGUGUGUGUUGCGGUUAUUGGCAAAGAUAAUUCUCCAAAGUACAUAAAGUGCACUGAUGAAACAAAUGCUCUACAAUUUCAUUACAAAAUCCAUACUUCUAUAGAUAUUGUGGAGGAAAAAUUGAAUAUUGGAAAUAAGACAGCAGCAGACGUUAGAGAAUUAUUUUUAGGAAUGCUUUACUCCACAGAAGAGUAUAAAAUAUUUGGGUAUGCAACCAAUACAAAAAUUAAAUUUAUAGUAGUUUUGCAAUCUUCAAAUGCUACUUUGAGGGACAAUGAAGUGAGAAUGAUGUUUCGUAAAUUGCACAUAGCUUAUGCUAAUGCAGUGAGUGAUCCAUUUUACAUUCCUGGUGAUCAAAUCAAAUCCAAAUCUUUCGACUCUGCUGUGAUGGAUAUGAUGGGGUUAUGAGAAAAACCAAAUUGAGAUAUAAUAUUGCGUUUAAUUAAGAAUGACAU